UGUUUAGCCUACGUUUACUGACACCAGUCAGAUUCAGCGUUUUUUGGCGCGUUCGUCAAUUCAUCGGUUAUUCUGCGAUCUUGCACACUCAGACGAGAGUGCUCUGAAAUCGGAGUAGAUAGCCAUAGUGAAUUUUCGAACGCACCCUCUAAUCAGGCACAAUUGAGCCAGCCAACCUGUAUCGUCAUUUCGGGGUCCUUAUUCCGAGUGACCAACGUGGAGAAGUCCGUGAUUCGACCUUUUUCGUGUAUGUUAUUUUUGUUUAGUUAGCCAAGUAAAAUGUACUACAAGUUAAAUGCAGUUACACAAAGACUUCGGCACCGAGUGCUUACAACCCUCAGGGAUUGAGGCUCCCCCAAUUAUCUUUGCCACACCCACCAAAUAUGUGUCAGAGGCAGGGAACAUGGUGGAGUACCUGGGACACAACAAAGUCCCUGACCUACAGAAACUCUUCAAGAAGUCUGAUGGUAUCCCGGUGCACUUGCAGGUAGGCCUGAUGGACAAGAUGCUGUACAGGACUACCAUGGCCCUGACCAUUGGUGGGACCCACUACUGCCUGAUGGCUCUCUACAUCGCUGCCCAGCCUCGGAAGUGAUCAGCUUCCUCCUCUUCAAGGGUCCAGCAGGAUUUUAUAUGAUUCAGAUUAGGAGCAAUAAUGUGGAUAAUGAUUAUGCUCACUGUCGGUCAAAAAGGGAUUGCUUUACCCCUCCAAGGUAUAUAUUACCCCUCCAUGUCUUAUUUAUUGCCUAGUUUCAUGUUAGGGUUCCCUUCUGCAAGAUUUCAUCAGACUCAAAUAGUCUCUCAUUUGUAAAAUGGAGGAGAAAUAUAGUAUAUCACUACUGCUGGCCAAUCUUACUGGCUCUGUGUAUGUGUGCUUGUGCAAGUUGUACAUGUGUAUCUCUACUGCCAUUUCUGUACAUUUCCUAUACAACCAGUACCAUUUCAGUGGUUCAAUAACGACAACUGCUGAUCAACAAUCUAAAAAUAACAUCAGUCUGACCAUGUUUUCUGUCAGCACACAUGUAUGUGUUUGGAAAGGAUUUGGUGGUCUCAUCAUGUAUGAAUGUAGGUUCUCUUUUGUUUGGAUGAGAGUGGACAGGGCUAGCACCUUUCAAAGCUAAAAAAUUAGGUGGUACUUCAGGUUGUGUGAUCAUUAGUGUGUCUGUAAUGUACUCUGAACACCCCCCCCAAGUCCCUAUGUUGUGGUACAGAGGUUAUGAGUUGUCAUUUAGGCUGUGUCCUAACUGACAAUGUUCUGUAAAAAGAGAGUGCAUGCAUAGUGAAUUGCAAAGAGUAUCCGACAAGUCAUAAUUUUGUCUUGGGGAUAAUAAUAAUGGGUGGUAUCAAGGUAGAGCAGAGAUCUUGUUGAUCAAUCUUUGCUUUAUUCUUGAUUUUUACAAUCGGUACAAUAGCCAGCUAGACCUUUCCAUCAUACUCUUCUAUAUCUAUGUCGAAGACAUUUAGUCAUUAAGUGGGAAUUGACACGAGUAUGCAUAUGAGGUUUUAUGUAAUGUUAAUUGUUGACAUAUACAGCCACCUGGCUCAAAGAAAAUGAUGGCAAAAUGUUAUCUAGCCACUUAAUUCAGCUAGGAUAUUAUAGUUUGUGUUCAUUGAAAAGAAGGCUUUGGGUGGAAAAUCUAUUAGAAUUAUGUCUCUGUAGGUAAUAAAGGACUAGAACUGACAUGAGCAGUCAAAACUGAUGUCUGAAAUAGGCUGUUACCAUUUUAGUAGCUAUGUGCCUUAAACUGGAUGGUUUGAGCCCUGAAUGCUGAUUGGGUGUGACAUACCACUGGUAUGACAAAACAUGUAUUUUUACUGCUCUAAUUAGGUUGGUAAGCAGUUUAUAAUAGCAAUAAGGCACUUCGGGUUUUGUGCUAUAUGGCCAAUAUACCACAGCUAAGGGCUGUGCCCAGUCAAUCCCUGAUGCGUUGUGCAUAAGAACAGCCCUCAGCCUGUGUUAUAUUGGCCAGUUACCACACCCCUUUGUGCGUUAUUGCUUAAUUAUACAACCAAUCAUAAUCAAUCUGAUCACUUCAGUCACCAGAAGCAUCAACACACACAGACAAGCUUUCUCUAUGUUGUGUCAUCCAGCACAUUGGAGUUUGACUAUUAAAAUCAGAACUACCAUUUUGACGUGCAUAAAAAGCCAUAGCUACAUGUGCUUACACUGUAAACUCUAGAACAAUUAAGUGUGUGAAAUAGUGUUUUGCUCUGUCUCUCCAAGACAGCCAUUUCUCACCCCAACUCUCAGUAACCCACCGGUGACAGAGUGAACACAGACAUUUUUAACUGUAUUGGUGGGGGAAAUGGAUGCUAUGAAUCUCUGUGGAUGGGGAAUGGAAAGUUACCCCUUAUCAGAGGGUUUUAUAGAAGCCUGCUGGGUAAUCUAACAACAAUACAUUCUGAUUGUCCAACCUGUCUGGCUGUUUAUCUCAGCAAUAGAGAGGGAUGAUGGAGAGAGAACAGUGGAAGGAAGGCCCCUGUGGAAGACAAAGUGCUAGGCUACACACUUCCUAAGCUUCAUCCACCGCAAACAACAGCCUUAUUCCUAUAAUUUAUGCGUUAGCACAAUUUAUCAGUGUGCACAUCUUAUCGACCCAUAAAUUACAUGUAAUUUCAUAUUGAUAAAUGCUUAUUAGUGUUAAUCAUUUAUACGCAGACAUACAACAGAUGCUACAUGUACUCACUCACAUACACCGUUAUGUUUGUGGUUCACAUGGCAACAGUUAGCCAGCAGCAUACCACCCUGCAUCCCACUGCUGGCUUGCUUCAGAAGCUAAGCAGGGUUGGUCCCUUGGAUGAGAGACCAGGUGGCGUUGGAUGGCCAGUAGGAGGUCUCCUCAGGUCUAAAAUAUAACCCAGGGCAGUGUUUGGGGACAUUGCCCUGUGUAGGGUGCUGUCUUUUGGAUGGGACGUUAAACGGGUGUCCUGACUUUGUGGUCACUAAAGAUCCCAUGGUACUGAUUGUAAGAGUAGGGGUGUUAACCCUGGUGUCCUGGCUAAAUUCCCAAUCUGGCCCACAUCAUCAUUGUCACCUUAUCAUCCCCAGUUUCCAAUUGGCUCAUUCCUCUCCCCUGUAACUAUUCCCCAGGUUGGUGCUGUAAAUGAAAAUGUGUUCUCAGUCAAUUUACCUGGCAAAAUAAGGGUAAAAAUACAAUCCUAGAAGUGUUCAUUCACACCUUGAGAUAGAAAAAUGUAUUUUCUCUUUGUCAUUGGAAAAUAAUUUCACAGCUCUGAUAAACACAAUGUAGAAGAGAAUGAAAGGCCUAGCUAUCUGUUUCCUUAUAUCUCCUUUCUGUGAAAUAUAUAUUUUUUGUGCCUGUAACCACUUGCGACUGGUGACAAACUUACUGGGGAAACACUGGUUUAAUUAAUAUUGUUUCCUUUUAAUUUCAAUAAACCUAUGUUGAACCAAAGCGGGAAUAUACAUUGAAUUGACGCUUGUGUCCUGUGGGAAGUAUACAAUAAGUAUACAAUUGGUUAUUUCAUAAGAAUGGUGUUUUGCUAGUUUAUUCAUCAGGGAGCCAAACAAAGCAUAAGAGUGUCUUCAGGACUGACCAAAUUGGUAGGGCUGGAUGCCAAUCUAAAAAUAAAGGUGAUAAGUUAUCAACUGAACUUUAUUACAGACAAAUGGCCCCUCAAACUAAAAAUGUCUUGUCUGAGUUUGUGUUACAUCCUUCUACAGUCCAAACUACUGUCUGAAGCGAUCAAGUGGUCAAAAUGAUCCAUGGGCAGAUGAGAGGCACUUCACAGAUCUCUCACUCCUAAGAGGUGUGGGGAGAAGAACACAGUGUACUUAACAGAUACAGUGAGUUACCAUGGUUGACCAGGAGAGCACACAACAAAGACCCAACAGGCUUCAAUAACACCUGUUUGAAUACUACACUGCGCUUCAUUUCAACCAAUAAAGGACAAUAAGUCUGGAUGACCAUCCUGUAGCAGCAACUGGAAAGUCAACUGUGUGAACCUCCCAGAGGACAGGUUUAUCGAUGCAAAUUGCAAAAUCAUUCUGGCUCUUCACCAAGCCGAAUCACUCUACACACAGCUGCUGAGUGUGAAUUGAUGAUGUAGAUAGGAGAGGGGAAGUUAUAUCACAGGGACAUGAUAGAUCAGUGACCGACUAUAUACAGUUCAAUGCAGCUGGAGGAGGAGAGAGGGGGGGUCGGCACGCCUUUUGAUACCUUUGACCUUUUCGCUGUCAGGAACUCAUAUAAGAGAAUCAGCAGACGGUGGUUUUCAAAGAAGUGACGUCUAAGGACUUGUUCCUAAAGGCUGUGUGUGUCUCUGUCUUUUGUUUCGGCGGGAGUACACAGUGUCUGUGUGGUGGAAUCAGGGGGGAUGAUGUGUGGAAGACCUAAUGAGCAGUAUUGACAUUUCCUGACCUCAUUAAUUCUGCAUUUGAGUUGAUUUAGAGACAGACAGUGGAUGUGGCAGAGAAGAGGAGGGAGUAGCAAGUCACAUCAGGGGUUGAUGAAUAGAAAAGACCAACCGAUCCUGAGGGAUAGACUGGGAAGGUCGUAAGAGCGGUUAAGAACAGUAAGCAGGAAGAGUUAGAAUGCUUGUGUGUUAUUUAUGUAAAUUUGGAAAGUGUUAUUAAUUUUUUUAUUAACCCAUCCACCACCACCCUUCUUCAGAGGACAAAUGCCUUCUUUUUUUACAGCUUUUCUGCCUGAUGUACAAGGCAAGUCAGUUAAGAACAAAUUCUUAUUUAGAAUGACAGCCUACCCCGGCGACGCUGGGCCAAUUGUGCACCCCCUAUGGGACUCCCAAUCACAGCCAAAUGUUAUACAACUUGGAUUUGAACCAAGGACUGUAGUGGCACCUCUUGCACUGAGAAUCAGUGCCUUACAUCAUUGCGCCACUCGGGAGCCCAGAAAUAUAUGUAAAGCAGUCACAUUACAUUUACAUUUAAGUCAUUUAGCAGACGCUCUUAUCCAGAGCGACUUACAAAUUGGUGAAUUCACCUUCUGACAUCCACAUAACAAUAAUGCAUUACCAAACAUAAAAUAUAAAAUCCCACCCCUCCACCACUCUCAGCCCAUCACACCUAUCACCAUAGACCAUAUGUUUUUCAAUUGUGCUGUGAUGCUUUACAUACGUUUUGAACCUUUCUUAUCAUAUAGUAUCCACAGAUUGUGAGCUAAAGAUGAAACCUUUCCUCUGAGUAUUAUUCUAUUAUUUAUUGACUGAGUAUGGCUUUCCAAAUCGCCCAACACUGCUAUUUGUAAAGUUAAUUUUAAGUGAAUGUUGUGAUUUUUUUUAACCAUUCCUGAAUCUGUGACCAGAAACAAGCUACAUACGGGCAAUGCCAGAAUAAAUGAUCUAGUGAUUCUG